ACAGAAUUGAUGGUGGCAAUUGGCAACCCACCUCACGUUGAUGAACAAAGUCAACCCAAAUGCAUGUUCCCGUAUCCCCAAACCCAAAUCCUUUUCCCGAUUCCCAAAAAAUAUAAACCCUACAUUCAUUCGAUAUUUCAAUUUAGGAUCACUAGCACCUUCUUUCAUCUUCCCGAUUUGAAUUUCAGGAUCAUUGUAUGGGCGGAGGUUUUAAUAUUGUUGCGUAAUGGAUAAUUUGCUGGGUCUUCUUAGAAUUAGGAUUAAAAGAGGUAUAGAUCUCGCGAUACGUGAUUUCAAAUCCAGCGAUCCUUAUGUCGUAGUCACAAUGGGCGACCAGACUCUGAAAACCCGUAUUAUUGAUAAAGAGCUUAACCCUGUGUGGGAAGAAGAUUUGACUCUUCCUGUUGAAAAUCCAGAACUUCCAAUUAAGUUGAUGGUGUUUGACCAUGACAUAUUUACUAAAGAUGACGAGAUGGGAGAUGCUCAAUUUAGCAUCAAACCAUUUUACAAUGUAGUAAAAUCGAUAGAUACUGUCCCAAAUGGGACCGUCCUAAAAACGAUAAAACCUGAUAGGAAUAAUUGUUUGUCUGAAGAAAGUUGUGUAACUUUUAAAGAUGGAAAAGUCGUUCAAGGUAUGACUCUUAGAUUGCAAAACGUUGAAUGUGGUGAAGUUGAACUCGAAUUGCACUGGAUUGAGCUUCCCAAAUAGGGUUUGGGAUGAUGGAGCUAGAGAAAGAAUGGAAUUGAAUGGUUCGAAGAAUACCAAUGAUAUAAAAAAAGUAAAAUUUGUUUGUUUGAUAUGAUGGAAUGGAUUUGAUUAUUUUUAUUCUUUAUGGGUGGGUGUUGUUAUUCAUUAUGUCUUUGGAAUUGAAUGGAAAGAUGCAAUAUAGCCCAUUUUUAUCUAUGAAAUUUGUAAUGACAUAAAGUUAUUAAAAUUCAUUAUUAGUUUGGUUACUUUCAC